UUCAAUUAAUCAUUUCUUUUUUGAUUAAGCAAUUCUUUGUUAUGUCUACAAACUGUAGCGUUGUAAAUCUCGUUAUUUGGUCCUUCAUGAAUUCUGGUAGCGCCAUCUAUUGCCUCGAAAGCAUUACGCAGUAAAAAAGGGACAAAUUAUCUAGACGUUGGCACACUCCAUGUUUGCAAGUUAAUGUUGUAUUAACUUCGAAGUUUGAAUUCUGGCAUUUUAGCACAUUUUUCUUUUUACAGUUCUUCUCAACUAUGACUGAUAAUCUGCAGGAUAUUUAUACUCUUCAAAUUAGACGACAUGGAAACCCAAACAGUGCAUCACCAUAUUGUGAAGCAUGUAAAAAUGGUUAUCUCCAUGUUAACAGUUUACAAGUCCGUCAAUUUACACAAACUGGUAAAUUGCCAGGUGUUUGUAAAUCUUGCAACAUGGCCUUUUUAAAGAUAUGUAGGGUACAAAUACGACAUUUGACUCAGAGUGAACAUCAGCCCCAUGUUUGUCCUAAAUGUAAAAAAUCAUUUACACAUGCUGGAAAUUACAAGAAACACAUGCUUUUACAUGAAAAAGAAGCUGAAAAUCCAGGGGGUUUAAAUGGACUUAAAUCAAAUCAUCCUAAGCCUCCUUUCAAAUGUCAAAAAUGUGAUAGAAAUUUCCUGAAAUAUGGAAGUUUUAUCAAACAUUGCAUUAAUCAUGAUAUGAAACAUGUCUGUGAAAUAUGUGAAAAGGUUUUUAAUACAAAACAACUUUUGAAAGGUCACAUGUAUUCACAUAAGAUAGAGCAACACUGUUAUGUAUGUAAAUUAUGUAAAAUCACUUUUAAUGUUCCUGGCCAACUUGAAGAACAUUUAAUGAAACAUGAAAAACAGAAAGCCAAAAGUGCCCAAGAAUUAGAUAUGGAACAAGUUGAAAAACCUGAGUCUUUGCAGAUUCCAGAUAAUGAAUUCCAGGUUCCAAAAGCAGUUUGUGAACAGAUUAUUAAAACUGAGUCAGAACGUAUUCCCAAUAUAGAAUCGGAACAUGUUCCUAAUAUGGAAUCAGAACAUGUUCCUAAUAUGGAAUCGGAACAUGCUCCUAAUAUGGAAUCGGAACAUGCUCCUAAUAUGGAAUCGGAACAGGUUGCAGAAACAGAAUCAGUGCAAGUCGAAGAACAAGACUCAGAAGAUAGUGACAAAUUCAAGCAUUAUUGCUCUGUUUGUCAAAAGGGCUUUAUUAAUUUGGGAGCUCUAAAAAAUCACUUUACUUUACACACCGGUAAUUUGCGUUAUGAAUGUAAGAAGUGCAAUAGAAAAUUUCUGCAUGCUUUUAAUUUAAAAAAACAUUCAAAGACUCAUUUAAAAUAUCGUUUCUGUUGUCAGGUAUGCAAUAAGGUUUUUAGAGGUACCAAACAGUUUAAAGCUCAUUCUUUAACCCACAAACGGAAAAAGGAAGUCCCAGGUAAAUAAAUCUGGAUAUUCAGAAGGGAAACAUUACUGUAUUUGAUGCUUUUCCAUUGGAACAGAUUAGGAUUUGCCAAGUAUAAAUGCUGACUUUAAUAAAUAUGAUAGUUACCUAAAUGUUUGCAAAUAUGCUAUGCUCUUCUCUCUGAUGCCACAUUGUUGGGGAGGGGGGCGAAUCUUGCAUAUAUCUGCACAUUUAAAAUAUAUUUAAUGUAAUGAAAAAUGUCCUUUAUAUUAAUAUAUUAUAUGGAUUUUUUUUUGUCUGUAAUAGUCUUCCUUCUCUAUCUAUGCAAACAACUAUGUCAGCACUUAUUUGCCUUCCAGAAGCUAUAGCUUAUUUUAAUAUUUCCCCCCUUAUGUAUUAAAAUAUUAUUUCAGUAUAAUAGAUGAAAUUCACUGUGAAUAUUAUGAAUUGUACUUGUCAUGUUAAUUUGAGAUUUGUUCUUAUGCAAUAAAUCUCUUCUUUCUUUCUUUCUUUCUUUUUUUCUUUUUUUUGUUGAUUGAUAAAUUGUUCAUGAAUUUUUAAAAUAAAUCCGUGGUAAUUCUGUUGAAGGUAAAUUAUACUUGAGACUUUGGUUAUAGUAUUUUGUGUGAAAAUACAUUUGCUUAUUAAAUGCAUGUAUCAGAUUUUUAGCUAUGUUUUACACGGAACUAAUUAUUCUUCGAUUAAAGUAUAAAUAAUAGAAUGUACUGAUAAAAUGACUAAGUUAUUGAAACUUAACAGAACCAUCUUUAGGUUAUUUUUAAAUAUGAUGUUGAUGAAUAGAAAAUAUAAUGGAAUGCAAUUUCAACAUUAAAAAAAAAAUCAUAUCUCGUGAAAGAUAU